AUGGCCUACAUGUUCAAAUCGUUUUUAAAUUCUCUUCCGAAAAAUCGCUCCGAGUUUGUUAACGACUUGGAGAUUCCUGAUGAUGUUAGACUAACAACCGACGUGGACGCAGAUUUGGACGAAAUCUCGACAAUCAGGAGUGAACUUCCGGGUGACAGUUUGGUCUCAGAUAGCAUUGACGACUAUUUAUUUCCAUUGCCGAGAAAAGGCACGGCUAGCACUGAUUCUAGUAUUUCCUUAUCGAGAGCUAUGACGGAUUCUGAGAUCGACUACGAUAGAUACAGAAGGCUGAGGAAUAGAAGAAUCAGCGACCCAUUUGCGCAGAUGCGGGAGGCACUCGAUACAUUUCCAUCAGAAUACCUGACUUCACUUGAAAGCAUAGUAAUUUAUAAUUCUAUGGAUAUCGGGAUCAGUUUCCAGUAUUCAAGCCCAGAACCAAUCGAGACCACCCCGACUCGUGUACGUCCGCUUUAUAACGAAGAGUUGGAGCUUAAGAUGAGAAAGUUCUUUGACGAAGAAUGCCGCGUCUGGGCUCCUGAUGAUCCUGGCUUGUUGGACUAUGAAGAAGCAUUGCGGAAUCUUGACUUGAAAGUACCUAAGUACUGGAACCCGAUCUGGACACCAAUAAACCUUGAAGAUAGCAUUGAUUGGCCUUCAGUCUACGACUACGAUUGUGUUUGGGAUGGAACAAAAAAUCAUAGAUACUGUGUAAAAUGUAAUUUUAAUGAGAAUGGUUUCCAACAUUACAACAGGUUGUCACGCUAUUGUACCUAGAACGGACAUUCCGUGGCAUUAACUUAAAAUUUAACUAACUUAAAUAUAAAUAGUUAACAAAAUUGCUCUAAUAUCAUUACGGCAGAGUUAUUUUAGGCUAUAAACAUAUUCGCUGCUUUUAUACAAUAACGCAGUAUUGCAGAAUACUGCGAUUUUGAACUAAGCAUACAGC